AUGUUCAACGAGGCCCGCAAGCUCAUCAACACCAACGCCCACAUCUAUAUCGAACGCCUCGCCGAGGCCGUGGCCAUCCGUUCCGUCUCCACAGAUCUCUCGUGUCGCGAUGACUGCUUCGCAAUGGCUGAUCUUCUCCACCGCUGGAUAGAGGAACUCGGCGGCUCGUCAGACAAAGUCCUGGUCGGCUUCCAAGAGCUCGACGACGGCUCGCGGUACGACCUUCCUCCCGUCAUUCUUGCUGAGUUUUCUGCGGGAAAGCCGCGGCAAAAACCUACCGUUCUCGUCUACGGCCACUAUGACGUGCAGCCAGCUGCCGAGGCGGAUGGGUGGUCGACGGAUCCUUUCACUCUGUCAGAAGUUGAUGGAAAACUGUACGGUCGCGGUAGUACGGAUGACAAGGGCCCGAUUCUUGCCUGGUUAUGGGCGAUUGAGAUUCAUCGAGAACUUGAGCUCGAGCUACCAGUGAAUGUCAAGUUUUGUCUCGAGGGCAUGGAAGAGUCCAAUAGCGAAUGCCUUGACGAUCUUCUCGAGCGCGAGUCGAAGGGUGGUUUCCUAUCCAAUGUCGAUUAUGUGGUCAUUACGGACAAUUAUUGGGUUACCACGGACAAGCCAUGUCUGACGUAUGGUCUUCGCGGGCUUGCGACGUUCCACUGCGAGGUGAAGGCUGGAACACAGACGUUACACUCGGGGGUUUACGGAGGAUGCAUUGCAGAGCCGAUGACUGACGUGAUUCAAUUGCUGGCAGCCGUAUCGGAAUAUGGGCAUGGGGACAUUGGGAUUGAGAAUUGCGGGCGGAAGUCGGCGACGCCUAUAACGGAAGCAGAGACAGAAUUGUACAAAGGGAUUACUUUUGACGCAGAAGCAUUUCGACACGAGGCAGGGGAUGUGCCAGCGUUAUUGGGAGAGAAUGAGAAGGAAGUUUUGAUGAACCGGUGGCGAUAUCCGUCGCUGUCGAUUCACGGAAUCGAGGGCGGGUACUCUGGGGAAGGGUUUAAGACGGUGAUCCCGGGGGCGGCGACGGGUAAAUUUUCGAUUCGACUAGUGCCCGGACAGGACGGAAAGGCGGUAGAGGAGUCGGUGAAGGCAGUGCUGGAAAAGCGAUUUGCGGAAUUGAAAUCAGCAAACAAAAUGACUGUGACGUCGACGUCGUCCAAGGCAUGGCUGGCCGACCCGCGGUGUCCGCUGUACCAGAGUGGGGCGGCGGCACUAUUGAAGGUUUAUGGGGUGAAACCGGAUCUGACGCGGGAGGGAGGGAGCAUUCCGGUGGCUGGGUUGCUACAGGAAAAGCUCGGGGUGGAGACGAUGCUACUUCCGUUGGGGCAGAGCGAUGAUGGGGCGCAUUCUGAGAAUGAGAAGAUGAGCAAGAGGAAUUACUUGCAGGGAGUGCAAGUGCUGUUCACGUUUCUGGGAGAAAUUGCACGGGCGCACGAGGAGCGAGGUGAUAUGCCUAACGGGACACCGAAGAGGAAAGGAACUCUGGGUCGCCUGAAAGACAUUUGGUACGGACUGUCGUGA